AAUGUCAAGUCACCCUAAAAUGGCCGCCGUCUGAAAUUCCCGUUUUGGCGAAUCAAGUUUCAUGAAGCUGAUUUCAACUACCUUUGCCCGCCGACUACAAUAAAAAUCGAUAGCAUCCUUCAACGACGACCUCGACCGCGUCCGCUAGACACCGCGAGGGGCGCCACCGGCGAUCGACCUGUCAAACAGUUUCGGGAAUAUGGUGGUUGUAAUCAAUGAACGUAUAGUAGGUUUACUAUCGCGAGUAAAAUGUGCAAAAUGAAAAUACACAGUGAAUGAAUAAAAAAAUAAUUUACGAUGGGCAAGGAUCAGGAAUUGCUGGAGGCAGCCAGGAAGGGUAACACCGCCGUCGUCGAAAAGAUCCUGAGCCAGAGAGCCAAAAGGAGUGGUCCACUUGCAAGUUUAAGAAGAGGACCUGGUGCCAACGUCCAAGAUAGCAGCGGGUACUCUGCCCUUCACCAUGCCUCAUUAAAUGGACAUCCUAAUAUCGUCCGACUGCUUCUGGAACACGAUGCCUCGCCGAACAUCGUGGACAUCAAAGGCUCGUCGCCGCUCCACCUGGCCGCCUGGUCCGGUAACCUAGAAAUCGUCAAGUUGAUCUUGUCCGGACCCGCAAUUUGUAACGUCAAUCUAAUGACCAAAGACGAUGAAACUGCCCUACAUUGUGCAGCACAGUACGGCCACACAGCAGUUGUCAGUGUCCUGCUCGAACAUGCCUGUGAUCCUGGAAUAAGGAAUUGCAAAGGGGAAACGGCGUUGGAGUUAGCGGCUCAAUACGGAAGAUUGGAGACAGUAGAGCUGUUGGUGAGGACUGAUCCCAUGCUGAUACAAAGGACAACGCCUGACAUAGUGUUUCCCCAUACUCCUUUGCAUUUGGCAAGUAGAAAUGGUCACAAAGCUGUUGUCGAAGUGCUCCUACGCGCAGGUUUUAAUGUGAACAUGCGCACAAAAUCAGGCACAGCGCUUCACGAAGCCGCCCUCUGCGGCAAAGUCGAGGUAGUAAGAACCUUAUUAGAACAUGGAGUAAAUACCUCAAUCAGAGACAUCAAUAAUUAUACAGUGAUGGAUUUACUUAGUCAGUUUAAUAAUGCGCAAGCGGCUCAAGAGAUUAUCGGUUUGCUAAAGCGGCAUAAAAGAGGUCUUCCGUUGGUUGAUAGCGAUGGUGAGAGCAUAAACCAGCCAUUUCCCACUGUGCCAAAUACUGAUUCCGACUUGGGAAGUCCUUAUGAAAAUGUUAGGCCAUCCUCAAAAAACGCUAGGUCGGUGAUUACAGAUCCUUCGCCUAGCUCAUCGCCGCAUCGUUGGGAUUAUCAAAGGUUUGCUCGCCCCCCUGAAGGUUUCGAAGACAGGCGAGUCUCCGGAGUAUCAGAACUAUCCAUUUUUAAUAGUUCACGCUCGAUUAGUAGCAAUAAAAGUGGAUCUGGUAGUGCUUACAGAGAAGAUGAUUAUAUGGACAUGCGGCUGAACAGCCUUUUUAAUAGUACAAGAUCGAAUAGCAGCACCAAAACUGUAAACGGUAGUAGUAGAGAGCCAAAUGAUUACUUAAACCAACGGUUUAAUAGCAUGCCCACACGUUCUUCCCCUUUAAACAGUUCCUAUAGAAGUAUAUUUUCACGAUCUCAAAAUAUAAAUAAAGUGACUCCACUCGACGGAAUAAGCUUUGAGUUCACUGAGAAUCUUGAUGAACGGCGCAGUCGUCACUUAGACAUGUCUUCCUCUUUUAAUAUGGAUGAUAGCGGCUGUUGUAGUGUGGUGAACUCUGAAUCUUCUAGAGACUCUGACAAUAGCUACUAUCAAGUCCCUUCAGUUCCAAGACAGUUUAUGGACACCAGCGCCCAUUCGGAGGACUUGAGCAAUUAUUUGUCUUGUUCUAAUCGGGAAUUUGACCAAAUAUCGGUAUCUUCGGCCGCUUCCAGUCUCGGAUAUGGUAGGAGACCGGAUAGUGGCGGUAUGCCCCUUUAUAUCCCGAUGAAUAAAGGGGCGCAUAGUCCUGGAUCUGGGAGCAAAGUAUCUCCGACGCCUCCAAAAAAACCACCCAGACGAACAGUAAACAUCUCCCCCACCCACAUACAGCCGAUGUCCGCAUCUGUAGAUGGCGUAAGCAAUGGGGCAUACGAGUAUCUCUUUCUGGCACACAGUGGCACCCGUAGCCAAAAUAACCUUAACGAGUACGAGAAGGAGAACAGACGUGAUCGGCUCUCCCACGGGCACAGUAUGGACCAGUACGUCGAGAUGAACGUUUUUAAUAUCGCGUUGGAUGACGAUCCGAUCGAAAGACCAAGAAGUGAACUGCAAAGGGGCAAAAGUGAGGAUCUAGAUAAUCGGAAAAAGCCGGAACCGGUGGCUAUCACAAGCCUUUACGAGAACAUGUUGGUGAAACAGCAAAACCCCCGAAGGAAACUAAGACGUAACAAUGACGCCUAUGAAGAAUACACCUUUAAAAGGAAGGAAAGUGAUGCGGUAUCUAGCUCUUCUGCUCCAGAACAUACUUUUAUAUCCAGCGCGUAUAUUACCAUCACGGGAAACGGCGAUAAAGAGAAGAAAUCUAGAGAAGACCGGAAUAGUAAGGGUGAUAAUGGGUAUCCGUUGUCGCCCACCCAUUAUAACCAACCGCCGACCCCGGAACACCCUCCACCAUCGGCCAUGCAAGCAGAAUGUAUUAUUUAUGAUAAGAUUCGUCCGUUGAGUCAGGAAUAUAAAAGAAGAUCCAGAGAUAUGGAAACGGAGACAGAAGAAGAGUUUCUUCUUAUAGGAGAUCAUGAAUCGAUUUGUAGUUUUUCGAGCAGCGUAUCGCUGUCUGAUAGAAGUGUUGAUAAUAUUUUAGAAGAGUAUACUUCUGAUACACCAUACUCAGGUCUUAUAAAAGGUUCUGGUUCAGGAGUACUAGAAAGUCUAAAUAUGAAUAUCCCAGCGGUACGACCGAAAACGUUAAAAAAACUGAAACGAGUGUACGACAAUUCCGCCAGCGAGGAUUUAAAAAGCGAUAACGAAAUCUCGUCAAGUUCCGAAAAGGAAUCGGAUAAUAAGGAAAACAGGGAGAGUAAAGGGGGCGACCGUAUGUCCGCUCUAAGCCCGUUCGACGAACAGGAAGAGUGGGCUAAGAUCCAGGAAAUCAUGGCCUCUUUCGGCACAGGCCUCGUAAGGGAAUCAGUUUUCGUUGCCGAGCUGGAAAAGGAAUUUCAAAAUAGACUAAUGACCAUAUCGUGUUCGCAAAAUAGUUUGAGUAAUGUGUCCGAGGUGACUGUCGAGAAAUGGCUCGACGGUUUUGGCAUGAGGGAAUAUGCGGGACUGUUUAUGGCUAAUGGAUUUGAUGAUCUCGGGUUUUUGAACGGCGUGAUAGAAGAAAACGACUUAACAGACAUGGGCAUAUCAAGUAAAGACGACCGCACAAAAAUCCUAGAAGCAGUAAAACAAUUACCCUUAAAAAUUCACAAUCAAAUUGCGAAUUGUAAUAACAAUAACGAGCAAAACUUAGUAAAAGUGUGGUUAAAAAAAAUAAAUUUGGCCCAAUAUCAAGACACUUUCGACAAACAUCUCUACCACGACAUGGAACGAAUUAAAAGAAUCUGGGAUGUAGAGCUUUCAGCUGUCUUAGAUAUAGAAAAAGUCGGACACAGAAAGCGGAUAUUGGCUAGUGUGAGCAACGGAGACAAUAUAGUAACCGGACCAAAAAUGGAGGAUAUUAGUACCGAAUCUGUGUUAUUGAAAACUUCUAGUCAGCCGGGCACCGAAGUGCCUUCCCCCUCCACUCAAAGUACCCAUUCUACAUGCAGCAGUAAUACCGGUACUAUAAGGCAUAGGCAUAAGAAAUCUAGACCUGCACCGCAACCACCUGUGCAAAAACCCCAAGAGAAAAAAAAUUCAGAAAUAUUUGUUGGGGGUAGUAAUUCUAUUAAGAGCCAGUGGAGGCAUCAGCCAAUUUUGCUUAUAACUGGAUCUGUGAAAUAUUCUGCCAACUACUGGGGAUCAACGUCUAUUAAGGAGUUUAAGGGUACAGAAUCAACCAAGAAAUCUAUACAAAAAGUGGUUAAAUCCAAAGAACACUUCUUGGAAGAGAUAUUGCUUUCAAUAUCGUAUAAAGGGGUGAAAUUUAUAAACCCUUUGAAUCAGAACACCAUUUGUGAACAUGAAAUAGUUAAUAUGAAUUGCGCCUGUCAGGACACGGAUCACCAGGCAUAUUUCGCUUAUAUUACGAAAGAUAGUGAUUUGCACUAUUGUCAUGUAUUUCAGGCACAUAGUCCGGAACAUGCCACAGAAAUAAUACUAACAUUAGGACAAGCGUUCGAACUAGCAUACCAAAUGGCAUUACGAGACCACGUGACCAACAAGUGUAAAUCAAAAGCCGACCAAAACCGCGAACUAAAUAAACCUGCCGUUAGUCCUGGAUCGGUUUCGUCUCAUAGCAGGGACUUUAGGGACUCGACAAAGACAGCGGAUAUGAAACUGAAUGGACAUCCACUGAAAAUAAUGCCUCUUACCUUGUCUAUUGCGGCGGAACCGGGUGGUUCUUCUAAUACUCAGAACAAAACGCCCACUAGGGUAGUUACUGGUGACUUUUCAGCGUAAUAGAGUUUUUAUUUUGGGAUCAAUUUGUUACAUUAUUAUCCUUACUAUUUUGAGUUUUAUUAUAGGUUGUGCAAUAUGUAAUUUCCUAGCAGCAAAAACAAUUGUUAGUUAAUGUGAUUGCUGACUUAGUUAGGAAAUUGAAUGGCUUUUUUUGGCAUAAAUUUAAUGGAUAUGAUGACCAUUAAAAAAAAGCCUUUGUUUUACUAUAUAAUCGCACAAACAUAAUUUUUUUGUGAGAAAAAUAUAAACUAGCAUUUCUAUCCAUAAUAUAUUAUGCUUGUUAGAGUAUCGUAUUAGCAAAGUAUUUUAAACAUAUAAAAAGUAUACAUUUUUGUGAUAAAAAUUAAGCUUAAAUUGUUUUUUCCAUGCUUCGACUUUGUCGAUAUUGUCCUUUUGUUAUAUAUAUCAAGGAUAAAAAUAAUAAAUAAUAUUUUAAAGUAGUUUUAACAUUAAAAGAACAAUAAUAAUAAAUAUUAAUUGUCUAGAUAAGGGGCGAUUUUUGCAUUUUAAAAUCCUUAUUAAUUGACCUUUUUGUUUAAAAAAAAAAGCAAAAACAACAUUUGUGAAAAUGGCAACCAGAGGGUUUAUAACUCAGUGAUUAUGGGGAUAUAUAGUAGUUUUUUUGAGCCCAAUUAAUUUUUCAUAAAUACGUAAAGAUAUCAAAAAUCUUAUCUAGAUAAUACAAUAAUAUCAGCAUCAUUUAAAAUGUGCUUUAAAAUAUAAGAAAAAUUAUAUAAAAUAUGUAAAACAUAAUAUAAAAAAUAGACGUAUAUGUGUAGCCUAAAUUAAUUUAACUAUAAACUUGGACUAAAACAUUGACAAAUUAAUUAAACACUUCAUUUUCCCACUUAAUUCUCGGUCCAAGUGAAACUAUUGUUGCUCUAACUGCCAAAUUUUUUAUAUUAUACUCAAUAUAGCUUCUUUCCUCUUCUGAUUAUUGUACAUAGAAGCAGUGCGAUGGCAAAGUAGACACCAAUUUUUUGAUAUACUUAGGUUUUCAUACCGUUUACUCAAAAUGAUAUUGACGUGCUCAACACAUUUUAUAAUAGGGAGCAAUACAAACCAUAUAAGUAGCGUUUAAUAAAUUAUUAUAUAAUAAUGCUUAAAAGAAUAUUUUCGUGAUAAUUAUUUAAAUUAUUUAUUAGAAUUAUACCAUCCAAUAUUAGUGCGGGAGCUUAAUGUAAAAAAAUCGAUCGCUAGUAUUCGUUAAACGGUUUUGAUAUAAAUUAAUAUUUUUUUCGUUUAAAAUUUCAAUAAAUACUUUAAGCUUUACUAGAUUCUUAAGCGAAACUAUUUAUUUUCCAAUUAUUAAUUUUUGUUAUUAUCCAUCGAAACAAAGUGUGGAAAAUCAAUUAAAAAAUUCAUUGAAAUAUCGUCCAUUUUCAUAAAUUUAAUGUGAAGUACCUUUAAAUGACCGCUAUUUUUACAUAAAGAGAUUUAGUUGUGUAUCAAAUUUUAUAAACAAAAAAAGGGUGUGAAAGGUUUAAAUCUUUAACCCAUUUUUCCAGUUAAAUGAAAGUCAGGGACGUAUUUUUAUGUUGUUGGGUGGGGUUGGGUUGGUAAUUAGUUUGUAAUUAAUAAUUAAAACACUUUUUCCAGAAUUUUAAAUAAUUUAGUAUUCCAAUUAUCAACUUUUUCUAUUUUCGAUUGUUCAAUGGAACGAUAAUCAAAUUUUCGUUUUGUCAAAAACAUGGAAUCAUCAUUAGAUGGACAAUUUGAUACGAAUCAUUAAAUUCAGCGAACAAGUAAAUGCGGAAAAUUAAUUUAAAAAAUCCUGGAUUAUCCGUUAAUUUUCCAUGAAUGUAAUAAAAUUUACUUUCCAUGAAAAUUUACUUACCUUUCUUUUUAUAGGGUUUGUCAACCGCUAUAUGUCAACUCAAAUUUUUGAAGGUAGGCCUAAAUUUGAAUUUGAAGGGUAGGCCUGGGUCUAAAGCUAAAAAUAUUGUUACAUUACAUAACAUACAUAACUAUCCAAAAAAUAUUAAGCCCAAAACAAAAUUUGCGGAUCGAGUAGGAUACGAAUGUAUCCAAGAACAAAAUAUUGCCUUAAAAAUAACUUUGAAAAAACACAGUUCAUCAAUCUCUGAAGCGAACUAUUUGGAAAGCUUACCUAGAAGCUGAUCUACUGUGCGCCCCAUAUAGGAACGCAUGCGCAGUUUUCUCACAAGUGGGGUGCGCUUGUAUCCCACGCGAGUACUGCAAGCUUGAUAGACAUUCCUUCGGCUUUACUACUCGAGAUAUCAGAAUGUCGUCACAAAAAUGAGUUGAAGCAAUCGCAGCCGGAUUUGCCUUUUUCUUUAUUAAACGUAUAUUGUAAUUCUUUGGCAAGUUCAAAAGCUUAUAUUCUGAUGGACAUCCGAUCUGGUGCAAAUCCAAAUGUUUGCAAUUUUUUUUAUGUUGCACUAUUUUUAAUUCUGCUUCUUCUCUCAACGUUGAUAACGGACCUAGUCCCUCUUAGUCCUUUCUUUUAGAAUUGUUUUUAAAAGUCCAAAUUGUCUCGCGGUUAUGCUUACACGCAUUGUAUGAUUUUGUACACAUUUCAUUGCAUUUCUUAAAUAAUCGAUCGGCUCUUUUUGUAUUUUUCUUUUUGUAAAUCGUGGGCUAUAUUUUAUACUAUGAUAAGAAGAUGUUGUGUCUAGUGCAAAUAGUUUUUUGAUGUAGAGUUAGUGGAAAUUUGGACAGGCUAUUAUUAUUAAUUUCGACUACAUCAAUUACUGGUUUCUGUGGUCUCUCCUGUAUUAAUGUAAUCGUACUCUACCAAACUUAUAACAGAGAGCGACCACCUUGUUAACCGGAGGAAAAAUUAUAAAUGUAUAGAUUUUUGAGAUUAUGUUAAUUUAUGAAUAUUUAACAGAUUAAAAAAAAAACCUGCCUUUAGAAUAUUAGCAACACAGUAUAUGAGUUAAAAAAAAAAUUAAGGUAGCGCAUUUUUUUAGCCUAAUUAAUAAAAUUAAACUUUUGUCUUGGGCCGUGUUUACGUAUUCGAUGAUACAAGGCCCAAUAAUUUUAUUAAGUAUGUGAGUAGCGGAGCCAUCUAUUGCUUUGUUAUUUACUUAUCAGAACUAGUCGGUCUACCCCAGAAAUAUCCUAAGAACAUAUUUAGUAUACAAUACGUAUAAUAUUUACAACUUUUGGCAAAUAUUGCACAUUAUGGUAACACCGGUUUCUGCAUGGAUGUAUUUUCAAUAUAACCGUUGACCGUACUUUUGAGGAGCCGUAGUUUGCCAUGAUAGCAUUGUUGCCAAAUAGUUCACAAAAUAUUUAAGGUCUUGGAUUUUUGAGCUAUAACUUUUUUUUAUUUAUUUUAAAAUUAAUUAAAAUGUCAAAAUUCCUUUGGCCUUUAAUAUAAAUCAAUUUUUGAAUAAAGAAAUUACUGUCUUCUAACUGACAUGAUCCAGCGAUCGAUCUAAAUGUUUACAAUAUGCACCCGGACUAUAUGUUCAAAAAAAUAUAUUAACAAAUUUUUAUUUUGUGUCAAUUGUGUAUAGCAAUUAACUUUGAAAAAAAAUAUAUGUGUGAAUAAAUGUUUAGUCAUGAUUAUUAGGAGCUUCAAAGUUUAUUAUUAGCAGGGUCAAAAAUUGCAUAUUAUUAGAUUCUCAAGAUUAUAUAAUAAAAAUUAAUUAAUUUAUGUAUAAAGCACUUUUAAUUAUGCAAAUAAUUUAAUCAUAUUUUAAAUGUAAUAAUAAUAAUACUAAUACGUAAUGCAUACCUACGUUGAUAUUGUUACGAUAAGGCUCAUCAAGUGUACUAUUAAGUUGUUUUUAUUAUAGAAUUAGCUACUUGAAUUCAUGUUUUCAUAUUUUUUUCCUUAAAUUAAGGCCACUUAAAAUAAUUUGAAGAGUCGAUUAGGUCGUCAGCCUCUUAAAGCUGAUGAAGGUUAUUAAUCAUUUACAUCACCCUGUUCUUAUCUUUAUUUAUUUUUAUCUGUCGUAUUUAUGAUUUCUAAAUAUAAAAUUUUAAAAAUC